AUGUCAACGGACAACGUGGUAGAAGAAGACGACGAGGAUGAGGAUGAGGACGAUGACAUGGAAGAUUAUUACUCCAAGCGAAGUCUUACACGACUCCGACAAAAUAGCGAAGAUAAUCCACGACACUCUGUCUGUUUAGAAAAUGACAUUAUUGCGAAAUUUUCACAAGAGUCGCUUUACAGUUAUAGCUUCAAUCCGGCGUUUUAUCGCACGACCAAGUCCGCCAGAACCAGUCGGAAGCACAUGAUACGCCGUGGAGUAGACCUAAUCAAGCGGCUUCGUUACAAACUGGAUGAUCGUGUUACGCGGCGUUUCUCCCAUCCUGACAUUGGUGGGGCAAUGGCUACGUAUGACUGGCAAACAAAUUAUUGGAGCGCCCAAAAUACUCCACGGACGAGCAUUGAUUAUGACAAUAGCAGUAAUAUAUUUCGAGAAGUGCUAGCUACUAGUGGCAGUAGCAGUUCCGAGCAGCCAAUGCUACCGCCACCAACAGAUGAUGUGUUCACCGUCGCCGCUGAAAAUUACUACAGGCGGGCACUCCACGCACCCACGCGAUACUUACCGCAAAAUCAGGCGAUUUUUACAACCAGUGUGGAUGGAACGAUAUUGUUGUUCAACGAUAUUGCCAGUCUGUGCUUUGGAAUCAACAAGUCUUAUGUUGGCAAGACAAUUCUCUCGGUGCUACAACAACCUUUUCGAAAGCAGGUAGAGUAUCUAUUGUCGCAUCGAAAGGACUUGCCUGUUGUCGGUACGAGACACGGAAAGAGCUCCGUAUUGGUGUGUGGCAAUGUGAUGCCUAUUGUCAAAACCAAUGGCGACUUAUCAGCUGCCUCACUUUGGCUCAAAGAAAAGGAGCGUGAUAAUGGCCAAGUUGUAUAUAUUUGGAUUUUUGAGGAGAUUUGCGAAAGCACGUUAUCUGCACAUUUAAAUUCAAAGGGAAUUAUAACUGAUAUCGUUGGCAAAAUGGAAGAACUUUUCGGAUAUCAAAGUAACCACGUCAUUGGCAAACCCAUUGACUUGUUGAUUCCGCAACUAAAGACGAAACCGACCGCAACCGAUAUUGAACCUGCAGCAAACAUCACUUUGACGUCGCUCGAGCAGUGGAGAUUCUUUGGCGCACAGGCCAAAUCUGGCGCAUUUUUCCCGGUCAUGGUAACGCUUCACCCCGACGACGACAAAGGACAUCAAUUUUCGCUUAAAAUCACAUCACUACCAGCUAUUGCUGGCAUGAUCACAAUACACACAAGCGACGGUACUAUCCAAAGCAUCAAUCCAGUCCCAGCAAAGUACCUAUUUGGUUACCAUCACGUUGAUUCCAUUUCGGAAAAGAUGAAUAUUGAUCAGCUUUUGCCACAAUUCCAUGACAUUUUGAGCGGGUUACGCCUUGAUGACAACAAGAACAACAGCCUUUGGUUGCAUGACGGCACAGUGAUCAGUAAUCAAACUUGUCGAAAAGCUCUUUUUCUACAGCAGCAGCCAAGUAGUGGACCAUUGACACAAGAUACUGAACGAAAGUUGUCUGUCAGCUCUUUACAAAGUGGAGGUAGCAACAACAGCACGGCGUGGUUACCAAGUAUUUAUGCCAAGCAUCGUGACGGUAGUCAUUUUGACGUCCAGCUUCAAUUACGAUCGAUUGAAAGUGCUGAGGAGGAUUUGAUUAGUAUUUGGGUCAGUUUUGACCGGAUACACUCGGUUGUUCGACGAAGCAACAAUAAUAAACGGAAAGCCACGUCCGGGUCUCCACCUGCUACGAGUGACGACAGCAAUAUUGACCAAGAUUCUGAUACCCAUCGACAACCACUGACUAAAAGGAUACUGAAGACAAGAAAUGUGCGUAGAGGCUUGGCACCUUUGGAAGAAAUCGCGGAAUCAGCGCCGGAUCCUGUGAUACCUGUCCCGGAACCGGCGCCGACGACAACCGAACAACAACAGCAUCAAUGGCCCCCUCCCCUUCCAACCGAUGGAGACAAGCACCCACUGGAUGACUAUGUGAUUGAAGCUACUUUGGGUGAAGGAACAUAUGGAACAGCAAUGCUUGCUUAUCGUAAAGAUGACGAAACAAAGAAAAGAAUCGUCAUUAAAUCCAUUACCAAAUCACGUAUUAUUGUUGAUUCGUGGAUGCGUGAUCGACGAGUGGGAGACAUAGUGCCUGCAGAAAUCCACAUCUUACGGACACUGAAGCAGAAACCACACAUAAACUGUUGCAGCCUAUCUGAAGGUGUGCAAUAUCUCCACAAAAACAAGAUCGUACAUCGCGAUAUCAAGGAUGAAAACAUUAUCUUGGAUGAGUCGGGUACGGCUGUAAUCAUUGAUUUUGGAAGUGCCGCAUAUUACCGAGAAAACAAAAAGUUCGAGACAUUUUGCGGGACAAUGGAUUAUUGGGCACCAGAGUUAUUGCAAGGCAUUAGUUAUGAUGGACCACCUCAAGAUAUAUGGAGUUUGGGAAUCCUGUUACAUACAUUGAUUUUUCGAGAAACACCAUUCAACGAAAUCGAUGAUAUAUUGGGUGAUGAAUUACGUAUACGAGAUCCUCCUUAUCCAGGGCCGACAGAGCUGCUUCGCAAGAUGCUUAGCCGCGAUGUUGUAUCAAGACCAUCUAUUGAUCAAGUGCUGAACGAUCCAUGGCUUCAACAGUAA